AAAAAACAAUGCUUCAAUUUUUAGUCUAACCAAUCGUUCAUAUAUUGACAAUUAAUAGCGGUAACAUCGCCACAAUUGGAGCAAUUCUUAAUCACGGGGCAUAUGCCACAUGGCAUUUGAACCAAACCAGGUGCCGGCAAAGUGCUAAAAUGUCGCAAACACACAGUUCAGAUGACGAAACUGAUUUUAAGGCCGUCAAUACAACUAAUUACCAACGAAUACAGGAAAAAGUAGAAAAGAUAAAUUAUGCUGAUGGAAUUGCAGAUGGACGCGAACAAGUGUUUCAGACCAGCUUCGAUCAAGGCUAUGCCGAUGGAUUAAGAACUGGAAUGGAAUUAUCCAAGUUCCCGGCCUUUUAUGACGUACUCAAAACCGCAAAUAUUGACGAAACUUUAUCAAAGGAGCAUGUGGCCUACGAGGAAAUGAAGUUAUCAAAACCUACAGAUAAGUGCCACUUUAAGUAUUUGGAGCAUCAAAGUGAGCCACUCAGCGUUGUAUCCGAAAAACAAAAUGCCUAUAUAGACAAUUUUUUGGAACACUGCGACGAAGCGCUGCAAAAAACAACAAAUUUAUUCAAGUCGCAAGCGAAAUGAUUUAUGUAUUAACCUGAUUUAAUGCGUGUGUGAUUAGGAAUUAUAAUAUAUUAACUGAAAGUUGAUUUGACUUAUAAAUACAA